UUUAAAUGAAGGGCUUCCAAUUGAAUGGCGCUGGGUUCGCGCUGCCUGCCGUGGGAUUAUAAAUCCCUCAGCAGGUUAGCAGUAACUCACUUCCUGAAUCCUUCCGGAGUUUAUCUCCGGGGCGGUCGCGCAGUAUGUCGAAGCUGCACAGUGGGCAGUGAUGAAUCCAGCUAAUAGUACCGAUGCACGGGAGGAAGUGCUCUUCAGCCCCGCUGCCUACAAAGUUCUGGCAGCCAUCGUAGGCACUAUAGGUGUCUUGGGCUUCGGCAACAAUUUCCUGAUGUUGGUGCUUUACUGCAAAUUCAAGAGGCUCAAGACCCCCACUAACCUUCUCCUUGUCAACAUCAGUAUCAGUGAUUUACUGCUGUCCGUCUUUGGAGUUAUCUUUACCUUUGUCUCCUGCUUAAAAGGACGAUGGGUUUGGGGUUCCACGGCUUGUGCCUGGGACGGUUUCAGUAACAGUCUAUUUGGAAUUUCGUCAAUAAUGUCACUGACAGCCCUAGCAUAUGAGCGCUACCUCCGGGUAGUGAAUGCAACAGCGAUUGGCUUUUCCUGGGUUUGGCGUGCUAUGACGUACAUAUGGCUUUACUCACUGGCCUGGACUGGAGCACCAUUAGUUGGCUGGAACAAAUACUCUCUGGAGCUGCAUAGAUUGGGCUGCUCGGUGAACUGGGACCCCAGAAACCCCAGUGAUACCUCGUUUGUCCUCCUUUUAUACUUGGGCUGCCUGAUUGUCCCUGUCGGUGUCAUAGUCUACUGCUAUGGAAAUAUUUUAUGCACUUUAAGGAUGCUUCGAAACAUUCAAGAUCUUCAGUCAGUCCGACUUACAAAGAUAUUAACUUAUGAGAAGAAUAUGGCAAAGAUGUGUUUCUUCAUGAUCUCCAUCUUCUUAGUUUGUUGGGUGCCGUAUGCAGUGGUAUCCAUCAUGUUGGUUUAUGGUUACACCGACAUUACCCCCACUGUAACCAUUAUUGUUUCACUGCUUGCCAAGUCGAGCACAGCAUAUAAUCAUGUCAUUUAUAUCUUCAUGAGCAGAAAGUAUCGAUGGUGUCUAAUGCAACUACUUUGCUCUCGUCUAAUGAGAAUUAAGUGGAUAAUAAAAGAUCAUGCUGUUCGAGUCCGAAGUGACAAGCCAGGAAAGCCUAUCGUCUUAUCUGAAAAGGUUGUGGAUCGCCCGAAAAAGAGAGUGACUUUUAGUUCAUCUUCAAUAAUGUUUAUCAUAACCAGCGAUGAAUCUCAGGAUAUUGAUAGCAGCACUGAACUUAAUGCCACAAACCUAAACAUCAUCCAAGUGAGACCAUUAAAAUCAGAAAGAGCAUAAAAGAAAAAAUAAAAAUGAAUACAGUCGCAUUUUUCAGGGGGAUCAUUUCUCAUUGUAAGCAGAAUGUGUCCUUUUAAAUAAGACUCUCUAUCACUCCAGCUUGUAGCAUCUUGCAGCUAAAUCUUGAGGAAUAGCAGUGAUAAAUUAUAUGGUCUUUAAAAGUCAGAUGUCAUUUUUCUUCAUUUUAAUAUUUUCUGUAAUAUACACUGCCACACUUUUUCAAAUUGAGAUGUUAAAUGUGAUGUGUGCUCAAGGUCUCAACGCAGUUCCCCAAGUUUCAAUACUUUAUUUGAAGAGGGGAGUUUGAAGAAACCAUCGGCAUUUGGUGGUAUUACCUUGUGAAACAAUAGGAAAAUUUGCAUUCUGAGCAAUAAAAUUCCUCUAAUGUA